AUGAAUGUUGGCAGUCAAGUGGGGAGUGAGGCAGCUUCGAAUGGAGGAUCCCAACUGCAAGCGUAUACCAUCAAUCAUUACAAGGAAGCCCUUUUGAAGAGUUGCUAUGAGGAACAAGCUAACUACAACCACGUUAACAAGUAUUUAGAAGUCGUCAAAGAAUCGAACUAUGUUCCACGAGAAGCUGAAGAGCUGCUGGCCUACUGCAGCUGA